UUCACGUCCAGAAAAUGGUUGUUAAGUCACAAACAUAAGAGAACCUUAACGUUGGACUUCCCGUGGCUUGCAAAUAAAGAGGCUAAGAGUGUGUAGUAGUGUUUGUUAUGAUGAUGAUGAUUGGUGGUUGUAAAGAAAUGGGUAAUUGGAAGAAAAAAUGCAGAGAGUUGUUGAGGCCAAGAGAGGUCUUGUACCUCCUCACCAUCACAAUCCUCAGCCUCCUCCUCCCUUUGUCUUUCUUACUCUUAGCCACUCUCUCCGGUGCCCAAUACUACCUUCAAGCCCUCACUUAUUAUUCCUCACAACCCUUUCCCUAUCUUUUCCACCUUGCCCUCAAUAUCAACCCAUGUAUUCUUUAUUUUCUCGUGUCCAUUGUGAGCGUGGGGACCCUGAUCCAGGGGCUGAUGGGUAAAAUCACACUCUUGAGCGAGUUACCCUCCAAGUCCUCGCGUAUCUCCACAGCGUGGAUUUUGCUAUGCGCCUUUCAAGUUUGCGUUGGUUUGGGCAUUGAGGGAAGCAUUGCGGCCGGGCUUUACGACGAUGAUGACGUGUCAAGUUUUGGGGCCGAGAGAAGCCUGUUGAGCAGGAUGAUAUUUCUGUUGGGCCUGCACGAGACGACCCACGUUUGGUGUAGGAUGGUGGUGAGGCCCGUGGUGGAUGACACGGUGUUCGGUGGUGCCCGAAGGGAGAGGUGGGUCGAGAGAGUGGGCCAGGCUGCGGGCCUGGGCACGCUGUGGUGGUGGAGGCUGAGGGAGGAGGUGGAGACUUUGGUGGUUGUGGCCCAAGUGAAGAGUGAGCAACUAAUGGAUGUGGGCCUUGGUGACUUUGUUGGAUGGUGGUUGUAUUACCUCAUUGUCACUAUUGGGAUGGUCAGGAUCGUGAAGGGUCUCAUGUGGAUUUUCAUGAUUUCUCUAUGUAGAACAAGGCCAACAAUAGAGGUUGAAUCGAGUCAGAACGAUGACAAGGUGUAAUUAGAGUUCACCCAUUCUCUACUUUCCUUCUUUUUUUUGGUUUUCUAAUUCAGCUCCCUUUCUCCCCUCAUUUUGUUAUUUCGAUUUUCUUUGGUCAGAGACAUUAUUACAAUAUUGUAUUGAUGGUAUUAUUGCUCAACAUGUCUAUAAUUACUUCUUUAA